AUGGCAGAUUUCGACCUCGACUCGUCCUUUAUCCCAGCCCUUCACAAGCCAGCGGCACUGCUGCCCAUAGCAAGGCACCGCCAGAGUCUCCUCUAUGUGGUCGAGGAAAAUCCCGUCACCAUCGUCAUCGGCCAAACAGGCUCCGGAAAGACGACGCAAAUACCCCAGUUCCUGGAGCGCGCAGGCUGGUGCGCCGAUGGCAAGAUCAUUGGGAUAACGCAGCCUCGACGCGUUGCAGCCACGACGGUGGCCGUUCGCGUCGCCGAAGAAGCGGGAUGCGAGAUUGGCAAGGAGGUCGGAUACUCGAUUCGCUUCGAGGAUGUCACGUCUUCGGCCACGCGCAUCAAGUUUCUCACCGACGGCCUCCUCAUCCGAGAGGCCCUCGUCGACCCCCUACUUAGCCGCUACUCCAUCAUCAUGGUGGACGAGGCCCACGAGCGCUCCGUCAGCACCGACAUCCUGCUGGGCCUGCUCAAGAAGAUCCGCCGCAAGCGCCCCGAGCUCCGCAUCAUCAUUAGCAGCGCCACGCUACAGGCCGAGAAGUUUCUCGGCUUCUUCUCGCAGACGGGCGAGGAGCAAGCGUCUGACAAUGACCAUGGCCAAGUCGGUGCCAUAGUCAGCCUCGAGGGGAGGACCUAUCCCAUCGAUGUCUUGUACUUGGAAUCGCCCGCGGAAAACUACGUUGAAAAGGCCAUAGAGACAGUCUUUGACAUCCACAUGCAAGAGGACGAUGGCCAUGUCCUGGUGUUUCUGACGGGCCGCGAGGAGAUUGACUAUGCCGUCCAAGCAGUCUCGGAGAGGGCAGCCCAGGCCGGCAGUCGAUACAAGGCCAUACAACCACUGCCGCUCUACGCAGGUCUGUCGACGGAGCAGCAAAUGUACGUCUUCGACAAGCCCCCCGACGGCACGCGGAAAGUGGUCUUCUCCACAAACAUUGCCGAGGCGUCCGUCACCAUUGACGGCAUCGCCUAUGUUGUCGACUGUGGCUUCGUGAAGCUCCGUGCCUACAACCCGGAGACGGGCAUCGAGUCGCUCACGGCAACGCCCGUCUCCAAGGCGUCGGCGUCGCAGCGCGCCGGCCGAGCGGGCCGGACCAAGCCAGGAAAAUGCUUUCGGCUCUAUACGGAGCAGGCCCACGCGGGACUCCCGGAGUCCAACGCGCCAGAGCUGCAGCGGUCCAACCUUGCACCCGUUGUGCUGCAGCUGAAAGCGCUGGGGAUCGACAACGUCGUCCGCUUCGAGUUUCUGUCCCCGCCGCCAUCCGAGCUCAUGUCCAAGGCGCUUGAGCUUCUCUACGCACUCGGCGCCUUGGACGAGUAUGCCAAGCUGACGCGGCCGCUCGGGUUUCGCAUGGCGGAGCUGGCUGUCGAGCCCAUGAUGGCCAAAACAUUGCUGUCGGCGCCGUCGUUUGAUUGCCUCGAUGAGAUUCUCACCAUUGCCGCCAUGACGAGCCUGGGCGGCAGCGUGUGGUUCCAUCACGAGGGCGAGCAGAAGAGGAUGGAGAGCUCGAGGCGCAAGUUUGCCGUCGAAGAAGGCGACCACCUGACCCUUCUCAAUGUCUACACUGCCUUUGUGACACGGGGCAAAAAGGAGUCCCGGUUCUGCCACGAGAACCACCUCAACUACAAGGCCCUGACCCGCGCCGUCAGCAUCCGCGCUCAACUAAAGCGCUACCUCGAGCGGUUCAACAUGUCGGCCGCUGACCCCCACCCGCCACAGGUCGGCGCAGAUAAGUCCAAGAAGGCAGAGCAGAUCCGGCGCUGUCUGACGGCGGGAUACUUUGCCCACGCGGCGCGAAUGCAGCCCGACGGGACAUUUCGCAACGUCGAGGGCGGGACGGUGCUCCACGCACAUCCGAGCUCGCUCAUGUUCAACCGCAAGGCCGACUGGGUCGUUUUUCACGAGGUCAUGGAGACGGGGGACAAGACGUUUAUCAGGGACAUUACAAAAGUCGACAAGGAAUGGCUCACGGAAUAUGCGCCCGAGUAUUACAAGCUGACCAGGAAAAGAGGCUGA